AGCACGCUGAGGUGGAGGAUGGAGGAGCUGGAGACGUUGGAGAGCACGGAGUGCCCCGAAUGCCCCGGCCCACCCCCUGAGUUCCGGUUGCCGCCACCCCCUCGGCCUCCGUUCCUCACCGACGGCACCUUCUGCUCGGAGGAACCGCUCACCGAGAUCGAAGACUGCGUCGCCAUUCCGAUGAUCGAUGCGUCGUACCACACGAAUCCAUCGUUGCAGAGUACCGCCCUGAUCAUCACUUGCGCGGUAGUGCUGCUCCUGAUGGCAGCGAUCGUCUCCGUCGUCUUCUGGAAGCAUAAGCGGAAAGUGCAGAACCUGUUACCGUGCAAGAGCGCAGCAGGAGCGGCGGCAGCGGCGGCCGUGGCGGCGGCUGGUGGCCGUAGUCGAGUGUUGACCGAGGGACAGCCGCACUCGGGUACCGGGAGCGCGGGUGGCGCGGUGCUGUACGAGGACCUGCCGGAACCGGUGACGCACUCGCAGCUGCACAAUCACCUGCCGAGCCACCACCCUGGCCAGGCGCCGACGAUCGAGAUGCUGGACGUCAAGGACACGAGCAGAGGCGUUUUCGUGUGCAGCAGUCCGGGUCCUGAUCCUUACACGUCGCAGGACCUGUACAAUCCUGUCUACGAGGAGCUCAGCAACGGGGACCAUCCGGAAACGGACGAGGAGAGCGAGCUGAAUGCUCGGAAUCGGCUGCACCAUCAUCAUCGGCACCAUCAUCGGCCGACGUCGUCGUCGAAGCCGGCCAGCGAGGACGAGUUCGCCGAAGACGAGCUAUCGGUCGGCGAGCCGUCCGAGGCCAGGAUGCUGACAUCGAGUGGGCCAACGUGGGGCACGUGUCCGGCCGGUGGCAGGCCACCGCGAGAAAGACGCGGCCGAAGCCCCAGGAGCCUCGACAGACGCAGACGAGACAAGAAUCACGACGUGGGAGAGUUUCACGAGGGGAUGCUGCUGGACGCGUUGCUUCAGCUCUAUCCCAGCGUCGCUGGCGUAGCUGGCACCCGAACGAAUAGCAAUCAUCGACAACAGUCCGUCCCGUCGGUGGCCCACAGGUUACCCUACUUUGUGCCCCCGAUGCCAGCGACCCAAGCCCUCCGUGUCGAGGAGAAUCCGUACGAGAGCGUGCCGGUGCUCGGCCCUUUGCACCGCUACUCCAGCCAGGGCAGAAGCAACAAGGACAGGUCCCGUAAGUCGAACGACAAGUACAAAUACUCCGCGCAGUACGGAGCGGACUAUUACGGACUCCAGAAUCAGGACGCCGUUCCGGUGUACACGCAAGUGGGCGCCGAGUACUCGGACACCUAUUCCCAGCCUACCGAUCGUCUCUAUAACGAGGAUAAGUACACGCAGCCGGUGUACUACGGGCCCAGAGACGGCGAGCAGAUCGCCUCCGGUCGAUUGUACCAAGGCCAGCCGGACAGUAGUUUCGGCAGCGACAGUGGUUACAGUCAUCACACUUCCGGUACCACCGGUACCACCGGCACGCGUAGCAGCAACUCGAGGACGAACCACAGGAAGGACAAGCAUCGAAACUCCCAUCAUUCCCAUCACUCCGCGGAUUAUAUCGUGUCCUAA